CCCACCUCUGGUGAGUUCGCGUUGGGGGAGAGGACGCGGUCGGACAGGAGUUUGGUGACCCCCAAGCGGGCGACUCGUCCCCUCUUUGUCUCCCCUCAUCUCUUCCCCUUCCCAUCGUCUCCCUGAUCGUCUUCCUCUCUUCCCCCCAGCAGCAGCAACAACAACAGCAACAGCAGCAGCAAACAACGGCAAUGUCCGAGCACGAACACGGCCGCAAGUGGGACAGAUGUCUGUCGGACGCCACCGUGAAAUUCGGUGCAGGUCUUGCUGUGGGACUUGUGUUUUCAGUCAUCUUCUUCAAGAGGCGGGCAUGGCCAGUGGUGUUUGGGGCAGGGUCUGGGUUUGGCAUGGCGUACUCCAACUGCCAGCGCGACUUUCAGAAACCAUACCUCGUGCACGGGGCAUACGUGCAGGACGAUGCCAGCAGUGCCGCGACAGUCACUGAAUAACGACCUUUGCUUUAAAUAUUAAACAACUUAUGCAUACUCGCACACGAGCGUGUACACAUACUCGCACGCCCACAUGGGUGUGAACACGCUUGUUCUUGCUGUCAUCGGCACGGGAUUGUGUGCGUUUGUACACGCACGUGUGCCUCCGAGGGAUGUCUGGUGAUCUGGUUUAAAUAAAGAUAUAUUGGCUCUUUA